UGGUGCAGACCCAGAUAGUCAUGGUGGAAAGCUGGUGAACGGGAUGUUGGCACGAGAGCUUGGAGUCACUACACCUCGCCUCCUGGCCAAUGCCUUGAAUAUGGAAUGGGCUGUUACCAUGUUAGCCAAGAAAGCAAGAAAUGAUAAGAAAACCGAUGAAACUGGCUUACUGACAUCAGCCGCCACAAACUCAGCACAACUUAAAGUGCCCACACGACAGUUUCACGUGAGACAUGCAACAGCAAUUCAAGGAGGUGCUGAUGUGUACAAGAUGGACAAAGAAGCACGAGGCUUUGUUCGCAUUUUCAACUUCAGUUCUUUUGAGGACAGAUCCGACCUGAACCUUCAGCAACUCGACUACGACGCUCGCAUCAUGUCAGAUGUAUUUGAUAACAUGGGCUACAUGUGUAAAACACACUCGUCACUCACGGCUCAGCAAACUAAGGAAGUCCUGAAAAAUAUUCGGGAUGCUGAUGAGCUAACAGGCGUCGGAUGUGCUAUAUUUGUCAUUUCUGGUUAUAGUGUAAAUGGCAGGAAAGUUCUUACGUCUGACAUGAAAUCUGUAGACAUCGACUAUAUCUUAAAUCUCUUCAAAGAUUCCCAAUGUCCUCAGCUCAAAAACAAGCCCAAACUUUUCAUCUUUAACUUGUACAAGCUGAGUGAAGUGAUCACGACCUCAAGCAGUGAACCUCUAAAAGUGAAGAGAUUAGCAGAUCCCCUCAACGACAUGGUUUGCAUUUAUUCCAACAGCAUUGGUCUAAACUGCAUCCCAAAUGGGAAAGGAACAGCUUUCAACUGGUGUUUGUGUCGCACUUUGGCAGAGCAUGCCGCUGACCAGGAACUUUGUCGUCCGCUGUGUUCCCGCGCACAGCCAUAUUUUCCGAUGGCAGUCAGGGUGUCGCGAAAUGUCUCGUGA